CGUUCUUUCACCUGCAACAAUAGCUCAAACGCUGUAACUUCAUUUUGUCGUAGUAUGUCGGAUUCAGGCGUCGAGCAAGAAAUCAGAUCUGACGCAACGGUGAGUCUAAGGUUUUAAUCGGCGAUUUAAUAAGAAAAAUCGCCUAGCUUUCGUUGAAAUGUAUUGUGGAAAUGUGUUCUGUACAGCACUGCGGAGAAAGACAGCUGAACGCGUUCGCUGGCCGCAGCAUGCAUCUGACACCAGACAUCUUACAGAUAUUCCGUUCGUUCGUUAGGUUGAUCCUAAGAAGAAAGGAAAACCGAGGAAAGGGAGGCCAAGGAAAGCACUCGUACAGGUUUGCCUUCUUUACCACCUUCACCGUUCGGUAGCUAUUUUGUGUUGUUUUGCUUUCAAUCGCGAUUCGCCGUCGCGUUGAAAAUGUAAAACGGUGCAUUUUAGUAUUAAAACUGGGUGACUUUGAUGUGUAUUUUUCCAGUUACACUAGCACGGGCGGCUCAGUUAGUAUUUUUGUUUUCUGUAUGAUUGUUAGCAAUCGGAUGAUGUAAUUUAGCACAUGUAUACACAUGGUUUCGGUUUCAACUAAUAAACGCAAACCGCCUUUCCCGUUACUUAAUUUAAAGGCUAUAACAUCUUCAGAGAAUUACGCUCAAUAAAAUCAUUUGUUGUUUGCAUAGAAGAAUUUAAAAGUGGUAAAAAGGAGUAGUGACGGCCUUAAAUUAAACGAGCUGUUUGUUAGCUACGGAAUAUUAUUAUAAAUUCAAGUGACUUGGUAUAAUGUUUUUAGACAACUUCAGAGCACAGUUUAAUGAGGCCCUCCCAGGGGGGGGCCCAUGUUGCCCCUCUGAAUUUUAAAACGUCACGUGUCGGUGUUUAUAAAUGCUUGUCGCUUAUUUGUCGUCUUUGCCGUCACUGUCGCAAUUUGGCCAAGGGAGGUUGUCUCUUGUUGCCAUUUCAUUUUACGCGCUGACGCGCUGUCGCUACUUUUUGGGCCAUGUUGCUUGUCAGAAUGUUUUUUUUGGGGGAAUAAUUUGACUAGUAGGGUCACCUCAUUUACAUAUGCUUACUUACCAGUCAAUAAUACCUACUGAUUUCCUCGUAACUGCAUAAGUUGAUCUAGUCAGAGUUUUGUACCUGUUGAAUAUUUUUAAACACAGUCGAGGAGUCGAUUAGUACUAUUUUUUAUGCCAAUCGGUUCCUGACAGUUAAACCUCCCUACUAAUAAAUAAAGACAAAGCACAAAUAUUGAUGCUCAGCAAAGUGUCUGUACAUAGGAUGUGCUGUUUCAAAGAGGGUGCAUGACCCCAUGACCAGGUUUAUGUUAAAGCUCAGAACUGUUGGAUUUCCAUAAUUUGGAAAAUAAUGCUGCAUAAAAGUUAUGUAGUGUUAUUUUCUUACCAUAUACCAGACGUACGGUAACUUAUAGUUGUUGAUGACAUCAAUGAAAUCAAUGAGUAAUCAAUAGAUAAUUGAUGGGUAAUUAGUUGAUUAUUACGCAUUGAUUAUAUCCGUUAUUCAAUGAGUCAUCGACGGAUAAUCGAUAGGCCACAACAUUUUCAUUCAUUGAUUCAGUCAUUGAUUGAUUUUUUAUUUAUCGAUUUAAUCUCUUGGGUACGCAUUUAAAGCCACACCAAAUCGAAGAUAAAGAAACAGACUUCUUUUACAUAAAUAUCAUGAUACAAGCUUUAUUUAUUCAUGAUCUUUUACCCGGUAGACACUCUGCACUAGUGGGGUGCAGUUCUCAACAAAGACACAGACUCUCAUAGCCAAGGGAGUAAGAUAGAUAACUCAACCUUCAGAACAUUUCAUUUUUGAUGUUUCAGUUACUGUCAAUCCAUUAAAUAAAUUUGAUUUGCAGUUCUGUUUUCGUCGUGAUCUAUAUACAUUGGUUUUCUUCAUGCAAGUUCAAUUCCUAUUUGGCAAUUAUAUUAUGGUCAAGAACCAUUUAACGUAAAUUUUUAUUGCAUAAGUGACUUGGUAUAAUGAUUUUAGACAACUUCAGAGCACAGUUUAAUGAGGCCCUGCCAGGGGGGGGGGGGGUCCCAUGUCGCUCGUCUGAAUUUUUAAACGUCUCGUGUCGGUGGUUAUAAAUGCUUGUCGCUUAUUUGUCGUCUUUGCCGUCACUGUCGCGAUUUGGCCAAGGGAGGUUGUCUCUUGUCACGAUUUCAUGUUACGUGCUGUCGCUACUUUUUGGGCCAUGUUGCUUGUCGGAAUGUUUUUUUUAUGGGAAUAAUUUGACUAGUAGGGUCACUUCAUUUACAUAUGCUUACUUACCAGUCAAUAAUACCUACUAAUUUCCUCGUAAUUGCAUAAGUUGAUCUAGUCAGAGUUUUUUACCUGCUAAAUAUUUUUAUAUGCAGUCGAGGAGCCAAUUAGUACCAUAACUUAUUGAUGACAUCAAUGAAAUCAAUGAGUAAUCAAUAGGUAAUUGAUGGGUAAUUAGUUGAUUAUUAGCCAUUGAUUACAUCCGUUAUUCAAUGAGUCAUUGACAGAUAAUCGACAGGCCACAACAUUUUCAUUCAUCGAUUCAGUCAUUGAUUGAUUUUUUAUUUAUCGAUUUAAUCUCUUGGGUACGCAUUUAAAACCACACCAAGUCGAAAAUAAAGAAACAGACUUCUUUGACAUAAAUAUCAUGAUACAAGCUUUAUUCAUUCAUGAUCUUUUACCCGGUAGACACUCUGCGGUGGGUGCAGUUCUCAACAAAGACACAGACUCUAAUAGCCAAGGGAGUAAGACAGAUAACUCAACCUUCUGAACAUUUCAUUUUUGAUGUUUCAGUUACUGUCCAUUAAAUAGCCUUCCCUCAAUUAAUCUCCUCUCUUGAAUAGUUGCCCGCCUUUAACAGAAAUAUUUAGAAUAAUCACAUUUCUCAAGUAAUCGCCCUCACCCACCCCUAUAAUCGCCAUCUUCUGGAAUCUGAUCCUACAAAACUGAUUGGUGAAUCAAGUUCUGAUGACAAGGAUAUUGACAUUGAAAAUUGAUCAAGGAACCAAAUUUGGAACACUUUAAAAGCCCAUUUCAAGGUCAUGUUCAGUUUAUUUGAUGUGAUUAUUUUUUGAUUUAACAGGAAAAUAAUACAAAACAUUUUGGACAUGGCUUCCAGAGAGCAAUAUUUGAAAUAAUUGCCUCCCUCAAAUAAUCGCCUCUAUAUUAAUUUAGCCUUAACUACAAGCAUCCACUGUGGGAGAACUUCCUGUAAUGGCCUAUACCGGGAGAAACAGCCUAAAAAUGGCAUGUAUUUUAGGUUUUGGGUAUAAAAGAAUAUGGGUAUGGGGAAAUCUGUCAUCUAGGUAAAUGGCCUUUAUAAUGACAAGAUAUUUUGAGCCUUUGGUUCCUUACAGUUGUAUAUAGCUGUAACAUUUUUAGUUUGAUACUCUCCUAUAGUAUUAUUCAUUAAUGAGCUUUAUAUUCCAAGGGUUUAGAAAAGGGAUGCAGUGUUCUUAACAAGUAGUUAAAAAUAAUAAAUAAAAAUACAGAUACAAAAAGGAAUCAAGAAAUAGAUAAAUAAUAAGGAUUUGGAGGUAGUACUUCUGCAUACUGGUUCCUCAUCUGCUAUUCCUGAUCAAUUUGGAGUUUUGAAUAUUUUAGACUUCGAGAAGAAGGGAAAACUGGACUACGAGGAGAAAAAUGUCUUGCAGUGGAAAGGAAACCAACAACAAAAUCAACCCACAAAUAAAGCACUGCCCUGGCACCCUUUCUCUUCAAGGGAGAAAUGGGUACCAUUUUUCAGUGGAAGGUGUUUGAAAGGGCAUUAUCUCUAUUACAGUUUGGUACUAUUAUUGUCUUUUGCUUGGUAAACACCCUCACAACCAUAUUUAUAAAGUGUAGUCACUCUCUUUUAAAAACAUAAUAUAUCUGAAGAAAAGCAGGAUACUUGGUGUAUAAACAAGGUCAAACGCACUGCAUUUUCUCAAAGGCUAGCUAGGGUACUAUCCUGUAUAUAAAUUAUGUAGGUGAACUGGUGCAACUGUAAAAUGGUUGCACCAUGUGGUGAGCAAAGGAUAGACAUUCACUCCAUGCAUAAUGUGAUCACAAUAUUUAACAAUUAUUUCCUGAGCCUGAAUGGGCUCUGAGUCAAUAGCCCAUGAGGCUGAAGGCCAAAUGGGCUAUUGACUCAGAGGCCAUGGGGGCAAGAGGAAUAAUAAAUUGUUUUAGUAAAAUCCAACUAGUUGGUCAAAAAUAUUGAGAAUAAAAAAUUUUUUAGCUACUUAAAGCUAGACUUUAAUCCUUUUUUGCUGCCAAAAAGCCCGCGCUUUUCGCUACUAGUGGGCUAUAAAAUAUAGCCUAGUAGUAGCUCAACCAAUCAGAACACAGCAUUGAUAAUAGACCACUAGUUGGAUUUUACUAAAAUUAAUUUUAUUAUUUCUUAGGCAAGUGACCUACCUACCACUCAGCAGUUAAUGCCCCCCACAGCUGUACAGGCACCUUCACAGACAGUACCUCAAGGGGCACAGACAGUGGUGCAACCUUUACAAACCUUGUACCAGCCUCUUCAGGCAGUGCUUCAUCCUCAGCAAACAAUUCUUCCUCCUCCACAACCAAUGCCCCAGCCACCACAAACUGUACCCCAGCCCCCACAUGCACUUCAGCCACAGCAGGCUCCACAGGUGCUACUGCAGCCACCUCAAACAGUUCUUCAGCCUCCCCCAGCUAUACUUCAGCCUCCACAGGCAGUACUUCAGCACCCAUCGGUACUCGUCCCUCAACCACCCAAGCCUGGUUUAAGUGAGAACAACCCGCCACCUUCUUCAUUUGUCCAAUUUUCUACAUUUCCAAACACCUUUUCAUCUCCAGUGUUGAACAGUGCCCUACAAGCACCCAUUCAGCAGGCCGUUUCGACUUCCAUGGCAAAUACUAAUUCCCAGACAUCCACCAUGAGCUUGCUUAAUGCUCUGCAUGAUGAAAAGUUAGGUUUGCUCUUGCCUGUAAUUGUGAGAAUGGAACACAAAAUGGAUCAACUCAUGGCUAUGAUGGGUCAAAUGGGAAGCCAACUAAAUUCCAUUAUCAUGGGAAACCAAUCAAAUGUUUCGUUGACUGGACGACAUGCAAAUACGGGGAUUAUAGGAAGCCAAUCAAAUGCUCCAGUCAUGGGAAACCAGUCAAAUGCCGCUACGGUAGGAAAACAAUCAAAUGCGGUAGUGAUGGGAAAACAAUCAAAUGCUGAAGUGGUGAGGAACCAAUCAAAUCUCGCCAUAACAGGGAGCCAAUCAGAUGGGACUACAACCGGGAACCAACCAAAUACUGCUAUGGUUGGUAGCCAAUCAAAUGCCACAGUAACGGGAACUCAAAAUAGUACUGCAUUGAAUAUUAAUGACCCAGUGAACAGUCAUUUAGGGUCAAAUAAUAAUGUGGACCUGACUCCAUCAAAUGCACGACAGGCUAACUCCGUAACUAUCGAGGCGCAGGAAAUUUACACAAUGGACAGACCUCAAUCAAAUGUUCCUAGCAACGAAACAUCGAGCGUCUUAAAUGAAUCGCCUACCCACAUACAGACCAGAAGUCAACGAAACAAAGACAAAACGGGUAGUUCAAAUUUACCAGCCUUUUACAUGUCAAAGGAAUAUCUCACGGCUUUGAAAACAAAAUCCACCUCCGCUAAGAAUUUCGCCGUGCGGCUAAUGCGAGAGCUGUUUACGAAGGUGGAACUUGAGGGAAAGAAUAUUUCAGGAUCCCGAGGGAAAGAUCAAGUAGAUCCCGAAAGAAUAAAAACGAUUAAAGAACUUGUCUUUAAGAUGUACAACACGUUACCCGAGGACAUGGAUUUAGAAUGGAGAAAUUGUCGGAAAGCUAUGGACUCGUUUUUGCGCUCCAAGAAGCAUAGAGAACUUGGAGAACAGCGCGCGCAACAAAAUGCUGAAUUGUUGAACUCGUUGUCAAUGGGUACUCUUAACAGCGAGCAGACUGACGAGUAA